AAAUGUGUCAAUACAUUCUUUCCUUCUAAAUUUUGAAUAUUCCAAUCAACUAGGCAUAUCGACUACGCCUUGAACUCCUUUCUUUUUUCUAUACACUUCCUGCGAUUGUUCCCUUCAUUCAAUUCAAUCCAUACAUACCCCCCGUCAUCUAUCCUUAUCUAUCAACUUUUCCGCAAUAUCUUCAGCAACCGAUUCUCAUCACCAACAUGGCGACAAUGAAAAUAAAUGAGAAACUCAUGUGGAUUAAGCUACGAAAUAAUUUGUGGAUACGUCGAUUGUGUCCCGCCUUCCUUAUCAUCGCUAUUUUGGUCACGAUCAUCGUCCCAACAUGGCAAGUUUACACUGAAGAGAGCCGUCAGGGCACGAUAGUCAACUACCAAGAUCCCAAUGAUCGCGGCGAAUCACUUUUCAUUCAAGCAUCCGUUAUGGAUGUGGAUUUUACGGCAAAAUCAUACAAGAUACACUUUCUUCUGGAACCAAACGGUACUUUGGCAGGUGACAAUGGAGUUUUGAGCCAAAAUGUGACACUCUCAUUGUACUCGAUGCGUUCGUUUCAGUUUCCAGCAGGUGAGACAAUGGAACCUGUGGAGAUGAUCUUCAACUACGAUUUCGGAAAUGAUGUGGAUUAUCCUUUCGAUCAGUACUCGGGGUACUUUGAAAUCAUGGCCUUUGCCUCUGGCAAUAUCAGUGCCACCAUACCCAUUAGCUUCAAACUGGAAGCAAGUGUUACGACUUACAAUUUUAACCCCACCCUGCGACAAUUCGGUUACACUACUGACAAGAUUGGCCUGAAAAUUGUAGCUGGCAGAUCCACUACCACGCUUGGCUUCAGCAUAUUUAUUUGCAUUCUUAUGUGGGCAUUGUCCCUGGUCAUUGCCUUGAUAUCGUACCAAGUUGUGAUUCGUGGACGCCGUGUGGAUGCGCAUUCAACUAUGCUGGGCAUUACUAUGUUGUUUGCUCUGCCUGCGCUUAGGUCUGCCCAGCCGGGAAUCCCUCCGGUCGGAUGUGCUGCGGAUAUUCUGGGCUUUUAUUGGAACAUGGCCAUUAUUGCCUGUGCAGCUGUUGCUAUCACCAUGUGCUGGGCCGUCAGAUGGCGGCCAGAGGCGAACGACAGCCUCAGCAUCACAUCCAUAGAAGAAUGUCGAUGCGACGAGUCAGUCACGGCUUGCGGAAGCGACUGCCCACAUGAAGGAACAUGUCGUGUCGAAGCUAUUGAUAUUUUCGACGACGAAGAAGCAACCGCUGUAUCCAGCCCCAAUUCGCAAGCCGGGGGCUGCCAUACAGGCCGCCAAUAUUAAACUACUCUACUGUAUCAUGUUUUUUAUAUGCCAUCUAAUCUCCUGAUGAAGUAUCUCCUCUGAGGCAUUGUACCUUUUGGGAUGUACGAAUAACCAAGCGAGCCAAGAUCAACAACAACAACUGCCCAUAAAAGAACAUUUUUCUUUACCAAAAACAUUAAAAAAAUUGGAUGGAGGUGUGGAAACGAUCCGAUAUGUAUAGUGGUGAUUGCAAAAAAAAAGGGAAGACGU